CCUCCCCACAAAUCUGCAGCUACAAAGCCUACAAAACCCUAACCAAAAUUCUCCAUCCCCCAUCGCGCCGCCCAUCUCCUUCGAUUCGAUUCAACCCGCCCUGCGCAAGAUGAUGCCGGGCUCUGCCCCGCCGGCCGCCGGCAGCGGCAUGUUCGUCCCGACGCACACCGCCGGCACGGUGCUCUGCUGCAUGUGCGGCGUCUCCAUGCAGCCCAACCCGGCCAACAUGUGCGCGCGCUGCCUCCGGGCGCGCGUCGACAUCACCGAGGGCGUCCCGCGCAACGCCGCCGUCGUCUACUGCCCCGACUGCUUCUCCUACCUCCAGCCCCCGCGCUCCUGGGUCAAGGCCGGCCCGGAGUCCCCCGAGCUCAUGCAGAUCCUCCUCCGCCGCCUCAAGCACCCGCUCGCCCGCCUCCGCGUCUCGCUCUCCGGCGCCGAGUUCGUCUUCUCCGAGCCCCACUCCAAGCGCCUCCGCCUCAAGCUCCGCCUCCGCCGCGAGGUCCUCAACGGCAUCGUCCUCGAGCAGACCCACCCCGUCGAGUUCGUCGUCCACGACCGCCUCUGCGACUCGUGCGCCCGCGCCCAGGCCAACCCCGACCAGUGGGUCGCCGUCGUCCAGCUCCGCCAGCACGUCCCACACCGCCGCACCUUCCUCUACCUCGAGCAGCUCCUCAUCAAGCACGGCCAGGCCGCGCUCGCCAUCCGCGUUGCCUCGGCCCCCGGCGGCCUCGACUUCUUCUUCGGCUCGCGCUCCCACGCUGCCCGCCUCGUCGACUUCCUCGGCACCGUCGCGCCCAUCCAGACCAACACCGCCAAGCAGCUCGUCUCUCACGACACCAAGAGUUUCAUCUACAACUACAAGUACACAUUCUCGGUCGAGAUCUGCCCCAUAUGCCGUGAGGACCUGAUUGCCCUCAGCCCCAAGGCCUCCCGUGAUCUCGGUGGACUUGGCCCGCUGGUCCUCUGCAUCAAGGUCACCAACGCCAUUGCCCUGCUCGACCCACUCACCCUGCGUGUGCAUCAUCUUGAGGAGAAGAAGUACAGGGUGUACAACUUCAAGGCCGCUCUCACUAGCAAGCAGCUCGUGGAGUACAUGGUGCUUGAUAUUGAGCAAGAGUCGCCGGAGAUCACUGUCGAUGGAUCCAAGUACCAGCUGGCAUAUGCGCAGGUUGCCCGGAUGUCUGAUUUUGGGAAAAAUGAUACGGUAUUCACGGUACGGACUCAUCUUGGGCACCGGCUCAACCCUGGGGACCUUGCCCUCGGCUAUGAUCUCUAUGGAGCCAACAUGAAUGAUGAUGAUAUGGACAAGGCUUUGCUACGCCAGAAUUUGCCUGAAGUGGUUCUCGUCAAGAAGAGCUACGAGAAGAAGCCACGCACACGCAGAUGGAAGCUCAAGCGGCUGCCUGUCGAGGAAGAUCUGGGCAACAAGGCCAAAGGUGAGGAAGAGAGGAGGGAAGAUGAGUAUGUCAAGUUUAUGCUUGACUUGGAGCGUGACCCAGAACUAAGGUUUGGGAUUAAUCUGUACAAGAAUGAGGACUACAGGUCAGAAAUGGCAUCAACUAUUGGUGAUGAUGUCCCUACUAUUCCAAUUGAGGAGUUGAUUGAGGACCUCAGCCUCGGUGAUGACGAGGAUGAUGAAGAGGAGGAAGGCAGUGCAGCACCUGCUGGUAUGGUGGAAUGAGCAACCAUGUCUACUUAUAGCAUUGCUCAUGGCGCUUCUGCAGAUCAUAGGUCUGAAAUGCAUCUGUUUAAUCCAUAUAAGUUUUGUUUUUCUUCACUGCUACUAGCUAUGAAUAUGUAAGCUGUUGCUUUAAAGUUCUAAGUUUUGGAUUUCUCUGUUUGUUGCUAUCGACAGUAUUUGAAACCAUAUCUCUUAUCUGGGUGGAACAACUGUCAUAAGUUAAAUACAUUUCCUGGCAUAUUCUAUGCUGUUUGUGA